UUUAACUUUUAACCUUUAACCCCUACAUGUAAAUGUACCUCAUGUACAUAUAAUUAUAAGAUAAAAGAUCAAGAAGAAAUGCAAGCCGGAGGAGGACUGAACUUUGGUGGUGGACUGUCGGGGCUUGGAAAUCAGCAGCCAGGUCUAGGUGGUGGUGGUUUGAGACUGGGUGGACUGGGAGGCGCUACAGCCCCUCAGCCUGGUGGUGGACUCCAACUAGGAGGGAUGACCGGUGGCUUGCAGAUGGGAGGACAAGGCCUAGGAUUGAAUUUAGGGCAGCAGACGUCGCAAGCCGGUGGGCUGAAAUUGGGUGGUCUAACGAGUUUAGCGGCGGCAGGAGGCGGACUUCAGUUGGCACAGCAGACACACGCCGCUACUGGUGGACUUCAGUUAGGUGGUGGAUUGCAAUUAGGUCAACAAGCCACUGGUGGACUUCAGUUGGGGCAGAAACCCGCUGGAUUGCAAUUAGGUCAACAAGCCACUAGUGGACUUCAGUUGGGUCAGAAACCCGCUGGAUUGCAAUUAGGUCAACAAGCCACUGGUGGACUUCAGUUGGGUCAGAAACCCGCUGGAUUGCAAUUAGGUCAGCAAGCCACUGGUGGACUUCAGUUGGGUCAGAAACCCGCUGGAUUGCAAUUAGGUCAACAAGCCACUGGUGGACUUCAGUUGGGGACAUCUUCUGGUCUCCAGCUGUCACAAAUGUCAGCAGGCAUCCCCUCCACACAGACCACCCUCGGCCUCGGCAAAACCUCUCAACAAAUAACUCCUGGUCUUAGUGGGUUGACAAAAGCGACCACUGCCACUGCAGCACAGGGCACUCAGCUAUCUGGCCUCACAGGUGGUGGCUUAUCCCUUGGUCUCAAGUCCAGUGGAGCUCUGGGCACUCUCCCUGGUGCUACAAUAACAUCAACACUACCCUCCCUCGGUGGCUUAGGGGGCAUGGCUGCUAUGUCGUCUGGGGGUGGGCUGAAACUAGGAGGUGUGGUCACAACAACGAGCAUCGCCCCCACUCAUCAGAGUAAGGGACUGGGUGGUGUUGACCCAGCCACUAUCACUGGGAAAGGAAAGAGCACUGGGCCCCAGUCAGUGCUGGACGAGGAGAUACCUGACUUCCUUAGCCAGCUGGUGGCCAAUUACGAGCGAUUUCUCAAGUCCCAGAAAGAGACAAGUGAUGAAAUAAGCAAGUUCUCUGAUUCUUCCCUCAAGAGAGUUAAACAGGAGACAGCUGCACAACAGCAGGCCCUUGUUACCGUGUCAUCUCAAAUAUCGAAAGCUUCCCAAGUUGUGGGAUUCUUGAAGAAUGAAACAUCCGAGGAGCUGAUGAAUGCUGAAGUUGCUCAGAGAACUCAAGAACUGCCAGCUGGACUGCAGCACGAGAACACUGCCCCUGACAUAUAUUUCCAUAACCUUGUGGCAUCGUUUGAGGCUAAGAUGGCACUGUACAAGCGUGAGAUAGAGGAGUUGGAGAGCCACCUUUCAGCCAUUGCUCCUGCAGCUGGAAUGAACCCUCAAAAUAUCAUAGACAUCCUUCAGUUGCAGUACAAGCCCUUCCUGAUUCUGGCCGCUCAACUACAGACCACCCACGAACACGUACAGAACCUAAAGGAGCAGUAUCUGAGCUACAGAAGAGUCGUGCUCCAAGAUUCCACUGAUGUGUUUGAAGAGAGGCGAAAAUUAGCAAAGAAAGACAAGAGCAGGGAUGUGGUACCUGCUGGCCCCUCUCCCUUCUCUUCUACCAUUAACCAGAUGUCCACAGGGCUUACCACCUACCCAUCUGCACCAGGUGCAGUACCCUCUGGUCUAGGUGGUGGGGUUGGCCUGGGAGGACUGAUGAACACUGGUGGUGGUGGGAUGAGACCAACCGGCCUGCAACCCACUGUAUCAAUAGGAGCAAAUAGGGGUGGUCUCAACCUGGGUGGGGGUCUGACUAACACAACCCCAGGCUGGGGCCUGAAUCUGGGGGGUGGUUUAGGAGGAGGAGCCUCAAUGAGUCAGCCGGCCCUGUCCACUCUUGGAACAGUCAGCACGACUACCCCUGGAUUCCCCGGACCCUCUACUCUGAGCGGAGGAACGCAGCCGUUUACACUCAAUAAUCCACCACUAGGAAAAAGACGGAACAAUAACUGAUCAUUUAUUUUCUCAUUGUUUCUGUCAUGUCAAAAAACAGCUUGCUGUUCGUUGGUGAAAAAUUAUCUUGUUGAUGCG